UAAAACCCUAAGAAGCGAAUCAGGGCUUUAGAUUUAGUUGCUUUGUGUAGCCAAACGCUUCCUUACUUUGAUUCUAUCGUCGAUUCAAAGCAGCUUUCUUAUCCAUGGCGUCUACAUUUUUGGCACUACCCAAAACCUUCACUUCAAACAAGCCUACCUUCUCUUCUCUUUCAACCCACAAACUUCCCGGGACUCGAAGAAAUUCACUUAGAAUCAAUGCUGUGGCCACUAAAUGGGAGCCCACCAAGGUUGUUCCUCAAGCUGACAGAGUUCUUAUCCGUCUCCAAGAAUUAUCCGAGAAAUCAGCUGGUGGAGUUUUGUUGCCCAAAUCAGCUGUCAAGUUUGAGAGGUACCUCAUGGGGGAGAUAGUUUCGGUCGGUGCCGAAGUAGGAAACAUGGAAACUGGAAAGAAGGUUCUUUUCUCGGAUAUAAAUGCUUAUGAGGUGGAUUUGGGAACAGAUACUAAGCAUGUGUUUUGUAAAGAGAGUGACUUGUUAGCUGAAGUUGAUUGAAGUUUUUUCUGGUGUUUUGUUCUAAGAUGAAGAAUCAAUUGUAUUUCAGAAUUUAGCGGUUUUUAAUUGCAAUUAUAAUGUUCUUCAGCUGCUGCUACAUUUAUGUUAGUAACUUAUUGGAGAUGAUAAUAAUUGUUUAAAUGUUAAGAAA